AUGGCAUCCAACUCCAACUCUAAUGUUGUAGUAGUUAUGGUGCCCUUCCCUGAAUAUGGACACCAAAUCCCUCUUCUUCGUCUCUCUCAACUUAUCUCUUCCUACAAUAUACCAGUCCAUUAUAUGAGUGUUGGAGCACGAAAUCAAGAACUGAAACAACGACAACAACAACAAGAAGAAGAAUUUCCCAACAUACAAUUCCAUGAUCUUUCAAUAACGUCAAAAGAAAAUGACGAAGAAAACUAUAUGCCUUACUUGGAAUCCUUGUUACAAAUUACAGAGCCUCUUUCCGCUAUUUGUCAUAGCAAUAAUGAUAAAAGAGUAGUCGUUAUUCAUGACGCUAUAAUGCAGUUUGUUGUUGAAUCUGUGUAUACAAUAUCACACGUUGAAGCAUACUUUUUUCAUGCUGUAUCUGCUUUCACUACUUACUCAAUGCUCCAACAAAUUAAAGAGAAUUGCAAUGAUGAUGCAUUGUUUACAAGUUUGCAAGCUUAUAUUCCCUCUAUUGAGAGCUGUUUCAAGCCUGGAAUGGGGGAAUUGACGAAAAUGCUGAGAGAUUGUAAGUUCAAAUGUGGAGAAAUUUUGAAUACUUGUAGAGAAGUUGAAGGUCCUUAUCUUGACGAACUCUGUAAACAGAGUGCUACCCCAUUUUGGGGGCUUGGUCCGUUUAAUCCUAUCAACAUCGUCCAAAACUCUGAUAAAACUCACAGAUGUAUUGAAUGGCUUGAUAAACAACCUGUCAAUUCUGUUAUAUUCGUUUCGUUUGGAACUGCAAACAGUUUCUCAAUCGAACAAAUUCAUGAGAUUGCAAUUGGUUUAGAGAGAUCAGAGAAGAAAUUCAUCUGGGUUUUACGAGGAAAAGAUAAAAAAGGGGAAAAUGUUGGAGAUAUUACUGGGAAGAUUGAGCUACCAAAUGGAUUCGAAGAAAGAGUAGAAAACAGAGGAAUCAUCGCGAGAGAAUGGGUACCUCAGACGGAAAUUCUAGCUCAUCCUUCUACAGGUGGUUACUUUUUUCAUUCGGGAUGGAACUCUUUUCUUGAGAGUGUAACAAUGGGAGUGCCAAUGGCAACUUGGCCAUUGAAUUCGGAUAAUCCGUACAAUGAUGUGCUUAUUACAAAGGUGUUGAAAGUUGGUUUAGUGGUGAGGGAUUGGGUAAACAAAGAUGAAUUGAUCAAAUGUGAUAAAAUUGAAACUGGUGUGAGAACAUUGAUGGAUUCCGCGGAAGGGGAAGAGAUGAGGAAGAGAGCGAUAGAGUUGAGCAAAGCUAUUAAGAUGUCCGUUGGAGAUGGUGGAUCACAAAAGAAGCAGAUGGAUUCUUUCAUUGCUCAUAUCACAAGAUGA